UUAUAUCUUGUCUCAUUACUCUCCCACAAAACAAAACCAUACUUCGAAAAACGAUUUCACCGUUCCCAACUUUGCAACAGUUGGGAAGGGUGGAACGGUGGUUAAUUCAAGAUUCAAUCUCAUUUCUUAUCUUUUUUAUUAUUCUCCUGAGAACCUGAAUUCUCAAAGCAUCCUAUAUAUGACUUUGAAGAAAAUGACAAAAAGAUCUUUAACCUCAGAGAUGGAACGCAACGUGAAGCAAAUGCUGAAGCUGAUUGAAGAGGGUGGUGACUCGUUUGCGCAAAAGGCUGAGAUGUAUUACCAGAAGAGGCCAGAGUUGAUUUCCCUCGUUGAAGAGUUCUACCGUGGCUACAAAUCUUUGGUUGAACGCAUUGAUCACAACAACAACACACCGUGUGAUGUUCUAUCGCUAGCUUCGUGUGUUUCUGACAAUGGUUCUGAGCCACCCUCUCACAUGCCUUCUCCUAGAAAGAUGGGGCGUCGCAUAUGCACCAACCGUGCUGCGGGGUUUGAUGUUUUUCUUGGAUCUGGCGGGAACGUGCAAGGCUUUGAUGCAUGUCAGAAAGAUGGAGAUGGAUCUUCCACCACUUUGACGGAAUCUGAUGAGGAUUAUGAUGAUGCUUCGUCUAUUAAUAGUUUGCCAGGUUUCUUUGGGAGUGGAAAUGAUCAAAAUAAUAUUCACAGAAGGGUGAUGGAUUUGGAGACUGAGCUAGCUGAGGGGAAAGAGAAUAAUGGUGAAGAUUUACGUGGCAAGAUUAUUGCGUAUGAGCAAGAGUUGAGGAAUGUGAAUGAGAAGUUGAGGCUUUCAGAAGGGGAGAUUUCUAGGCUGAGGAUUGAGCUUGAAAAAUAUAGGUCAAUGGAAUCAGAAAAUUUGAAGGGUGGUGAUGGGUUAUCUUCAAUUGGAGAAGGGAUGAGGAUGGGAGGAGAUGCCUUGGAGUUGAAGAAACUUGAGGAGGAGCUGAGGUUGACAAAAGAAAAGCUUGAGUCUUCAGAAGUGCAAAUUGUUUCAUUGAAAUUUGGGGCUACUAAAUCGUUUGAGACAAUUCAGCAAUUGCAGGAACAGCUUGACUUGGCUCAGAAGGACAUUGCUAGUUGGAAAAACAAACUCAACACUCAGAAAAGAGAGAACUCUAAACUCCAAGAAAGGCUUGCGAAGAUGAGGAAUAGUAUAGCAGAAAGGGAUCAAGAGAUUAGGAACUUGAAGACUUCUUUAUCUGAUGUUGAACAGAAAAUCUUCUUUGAGAGGGCAAAUAUGAAGUCUGAAAUGACCAAGUUGAUGGGGGGACAGACUCUUUGGGAGAAGAAGAAAGAGUUGGAAUGUCAAUGCCAAUCAUCUCAAGAGGAGAUCAGAAAUAUCCACUCUGAAAAAGUAGAGAUGGAAGGGAGACUCAAAGGUAAAAUUGACAAGUUAAAGGAAGACAUUGAGGAAAAGAAGAGAAAUAUAGAAAAUGUGAAUGUAAGACUUGGUGUUUUGAAAUUAGAGAGAGAUAAUCUCAAUGCAGAAAUUGAUUCACUUAAGGAAGUGAUAAAUUUGAGAGAUAAUGAGAUUGAAAAGCAAAGGGUUGUGAUCUUAGAAAGUGCUGAAGAGAAACGUGAGGCCAUAAGGCAGCUAUGCUUCUCACUUGAGCAUUACAGAAACGGGUAUAAACAACUUCGGCAGGCAUUCAUAUGGCAGAAGAGUGUUCUUCUUUUGGCCAACUAAUAAAUAUAUCAGCAUGGCUUGCAUGUCAACUUGUACAAUUUUUUUCUUUUUAUCCUUACUA